CUUCAGCCCCUCCAACACAAGAGACAGAAGGAGAGAGAGAGAGAGAGAGGAAAAGAAAGGUGGUGGGUAGAUGCAAUUCUCCCUUUCACAGCCCUCACCAUCUUCUCCUCGUGACUUAAAUACCCCUCCACCUCUACCAUAUUUCCUACAAUAACCCUGAUUCCCUCCUCUUUUCACGCUCCGGCCGGCCGCCAUCUUCUCCGUUGCCAGGAAGUGCGAAUCAGCCAUGGUCAGCCUACGGAGGCGCAAACUUCUGGGACUUUGCUCUGGGAGAAGUUCUUUCUUGGUCCAGCUUCCUAGGUUCAAUGAGAAUGGAAGUGUUUCGGAAAAUCCCAUUCAGAAUACUAAAUGGUCCAAAUCAGUCAGUGUGCAUCCUAUGCCUUCUGCUGAUAUCAGUCAGCGAAAGCAGAUGAAUAUCACUGAAGCACAUCCUGGAUCUGCUAAUGUAUCUAGCUUUAGCUCAUUAAAGGAGGAGCAGAAUGAACAAUUUUCAGGGCAAGAAAUCAAACGCAGGAAGCGGCAUCGUAGGAAGCAUUUUGAAGAUCAAGAACCAUGUGCAAUGAGAGGUGUCUACUUCAAAAAUAUGAAAUGGCAGGCAGCAAUAAAAGUUGACAAGAAACAAAUCCACUUGGGAACUGUUGGGUCACAAGAAGAAGCAGCUCGCUUAUAUGACAGGGCAGCUUUUAUGUGCGGAAGAGAACCAAACUUCGAGCUCUCAGAAGAGGAGAAACAAGAGCUACGGCGAUUCAAGUGGGAUGAAUUCCUGACAAUGACGCGCAACGCAAUUACUAAUAAAAAACACCAGAGGAGGCUCGGGGCGGGUGCCCGAAAGAAGGUUGGAACCCUCUUGCAGAGCAGCGAGUCCGGAGGGGAUCGAGCUGUUUCCGACUACUCGGCUUCGGAAGAAGUAGACGCAGAUGCAUCGAAUUCUUGAUUGCUCUGCAGCUUAGGAAGGCCAGGUCUAACCCCGUUAUUUAUUAGUAAUCGGGGUUUUAGUUUACAUGGCCGCCUCAUUAUUUUAAUUGUGUAUAAAGGCCCCUAUUAGGGCAGAUCACGGUCGACAAUGUCGAAAUCUCUAAGUAAAUCCUCAUGUGCACGUAGUCUAAUAAUAGCCAGUUUAUUUUGUUAUA